CUCCCAUAAAGUUAAAUGGUUUAAAGUAGCAUAAAAUGCAUUCAAGUCUGUAAAAAAUAUCACAAUAGCAAUGUAUAUACAAGCAACUCAUUUAUUUUUGGUACUAUGACGCGACAUUAUGUUAGUAUUACUAGCUAUUCUCAUGUAUUUAGUGUCACUUGUUAAUGGUCACAGCGAAGCUCUGAAGAAUGAAGAGGAAUGCAAAGUGGCAGAUUUGUGUAUACACGACAAAGUGCCGAUGUGUGGCAUCGACUCCUGCGGCGAAAUGCGGACAUUUAUUGACACCUGUGACAUGCAUGAAUUCAAUUGUGACAGCAAAAAAGAUUUCCGCAGCCGACCUAUUCACGAGUGUUGGGUGACUUGCAAAAGAGGCCGCUCUUUUAAGAAACCGGAGUUUAGAACUGAUUGCAACAUCAACUCCAAACCUAAUAAUAGACUAUAAUAUAGUAACUUUGUUUUCUUUCAUUGAGUGUUAUGAUCUUUAACUACUACCAAGUUAUUCAUUUAUAUCUAG